UGGCAGCACGUGGGGAGAGUAGGGGGCGCCCAUGUGACCGGCCUUUCCUCCUCCCCAGCCGCCUGCCUGAGUCCCCUCCUCAGCUCAGCUCGCGCUCUUGACGUGGUGGGGAGAGGAGCGCCACUCAGAUUUUUGUUCCAUUGGCAAUCGCGGGCGCCGCCAUCACCGCCGCAACAGGGACCCGGCAUCAUGGCUUCUGGAGUAACAGUGAAUGAUGAAGUUAUCAAAGUUUUUAAUGACAUGAAAGUACGAAAAUCUUCAACGCCAGAAGAGAUUAAGAAAAGAAAGAAAGCAGUUCUCUUCUGUUUAAGUGGUGACAAAAGACAAAUAAUUGUAGAAGAAUCAAAGCAGAUACUAGUUGGUGACAUUGGUGACACAGUGGAGGACCCAUACACAGCCUUUGUGAAGCUGUUGCCUCUGAAUGAUUGCCGAUAUGCUUUGUAUGAUGCAACAUAUGAAACAAAGGAGUCUAAAAAAGAAGACCUGGUAUUUAUAUUCUGGGCUCCAGAAAGCGCCCCUUUAAAAAGCAAGAUGAUCUACGCAAGCUCUAAAGAUGCCAUUAAAAAGAAAUUCACAGGUAUUAAACACGAGUGGCAAGUAAAUGGCUUGGAUGAUAUUAAAGAUCGUUCAACACUUGGAGAGAAACUAGGAGGCAAUGUGGUAGUUUCACUUGAAGGGAAACCAUUAUAAAAGGACAGACAAGUGCCAUCUGGAGCUUCCAUUUCUGCAGAUCAUUCAAUUGGAAUAGCAUUAGUCCUUUUUACGUCACCCACCUGGACCCUGUGCACCUGAAGGAGAUAUCGUUAAAUUAAGCAGUCUACCAAUGAUUGCCAUUAGACUGUUUUUAGAGCUGAUCGUUUUAUGUAGAAUCCAAGGAAUGCCUUUACAUCAUACUGCUAGAGAAAAUUUACGAUGUAGUAUUCUUUGAAAAUGUGUAGAAUGAAUGUGAUAGUUGAUGUGGAUAGUCUAGACAAGCAAUAAAAAGGUUUAAGCUAAUUGACUGCAAUUAAAGUAUUGUCCAAUGGUAGACUCUAUUCAGUAUUAUUUACAGUUGCACUUGAUUGCAGUUCCAUGAAGCUGUUGUGCAUUCAUACACCUCACCUGCCUUGACAAGUCUUUUUUUUUGUGACAUGGCGGCAUACAACACUAUGCAUUUAAAGCACUUUUUUUGUAAUGUUUGAUUCUGUCCCCCCAAUGCCAAUUCUGUAAUUGCUUCAUCAGACUGUUGUGGUACCUCAGACUUCAUUCCUGUUACAUGCAUAACUUUAUAGAUGAAGUGGGUGUUGGGAUGCCUUCUGUUUUUGUGUUGAAUGUACACUACUGAACAGGAGUGGGGACUGUCUGUUUACCUUGAAAGUUUUGCAACACUAAAAGAUGUUUUGUAAAACAUCAGUCAUAAUGGCCAUUUCUGUAUUAAAAAGGAGCCUUAAAUGGAAUGCUGUUUUUGAGAUCAAAUGUAUUGGCUGCAUAGCAGUAAAAAUUGUGGCUUAUUACAGAAUGUUGCCUUGUUUUCAUUGGAAAUAGACUGAACUAUGUUAAACAUUUUGCACAGCUUUUCAAAUACUACUUCUGGAUACCCAAGGGUCACUUCAGUAAUAAACCUGUCUUUAUUUCUGACCCUGUUAGAAUUAUUUGAGUAUGGAGAUCUUUCCCCAAAUCCCCACUCUUCUUUCUCUGUUGCCACUUUUAAGGAACUGUUGAGCCACCACCCUACAACUUACAUUGGAAAUGUGCAAGGGAAAUAGUGCACUGUUACUGACUGCUAUUAAAAGUUAAGUGUGCUAGUUUAACACUGUAUAGACUUUCUUUUGUCUAAAGUCACAGGAUAAUUUCAGUUAACUUUUGUGCUAACAGGACUGGAGAGCCCUUGCAACUGAGUCUUGCAUCAGGGACAUGAUUUGGCUGAGAGCCAAAUACUGCUCUCCUUAUAGAGAAUUUGAUCUGCUCUGUGCAAGCAGUCCUCCGUUAGCUAGAGCUAUUUAUGGCAAACACAUGCUUUUGUAUCUUGUCAUCAGUUCUCCACAAAUGGCAAAACUGGACAUGAUUCUACUGGUAUGCGUAAAGGAACUCUGUUAGGCAGCCAAUUGCUGCUGAAGUGUACAUACCACAAGGAAGGAAUGCUUUCAUCAAAGGGAAUAGGACCUGAAAACUGUUACGAUUUCUUAAGAAGGCAGAAAACAGAAGCAAAUUAACGCAGAUGUUAGUUUGGUGAUGUUUUUACUUGUAUCUGGGGGAGGAAAUAAACAUACAAUAGUAAGAUAUAUGUAUAAAUUGAUGUAAUUUUCAGAUCUUUGCCAUCUAGAACUUUUGACUAUUUCAAGCUUUCAGCUGUCUCUGACUUACUAAAAGUGAAAUGUAUAUCUUUUAGAAUACUGACUGAUCUCUAUUACAGAAUUUAAGGCAUGUAGACUCUUGCUAGUGGUCUUGGUUUUGUAGCAGAAGGGAAAGUUUUAAUAUCCUUUACUGGAGAUGAUUGGGAAGUGUCUGUUAUCCCAUGUCUUUCAGAGGUUCUGCCUUAUGUACCCAUAUAAACCUGGUUGCUAUAAAAAUCUACUUUCUGCUCAGUCAUUUUGUAAUCUAGGACCCUUCUAAAAUUAUGUGGUGAUCUAAGGCCUUCUUAAAGAGAACCCAAAUGCUUUCAAAUGAAUGUUUAACAUAAAAAAUAUACAGAGCACUUUGUACUCUGUCUGUAAUGUAAAGCAGUCUUUCACUUCCUUUAAUCCUUUGCUAAUAGUGUCACUGGUGUUUGCAAAUUGUGUUAAACAGAUUUCUGAGGAUUUAGAACUAAACAUUGAAGACAGUUUCCUUUAAAAAUAUGUCUGCUUGCAUAUUCAGACAAACUUCACAUGGAUUUAUGGAAAAUUUAAUCUGUGUUGAUAGUACUGAAUCCUGCAUACCUUGGGUACAAAAGUUUUAAGGCCUGUUUAUUGUUGGAAAGUUACUGAUUAAGAUCCAAUGUAGCAAACUAUAGCUUGCUUUUGGAAAUGCCACUACAAAACUGCUUGGACAAUAAAACAAAUGAGAGACAGCUGGCAUGUGUUCCAAAUGAGCUGUCAGCUGUUGUUUUCUGUUACCAUGCACAAUGAUGGCCUCAUUGUGACUUGGAUAUUGAAGGAAAGCUUCACAAUCUGAGCAUCUUGUCUCACAUCGUAGAUGUGACAUUGGGUGUCAGCUUUAAUUACUUUAUUUUUAAAAAAUGAAAUAAAAGUUUUCAUGGUGGUACUGAA